AUGAAUAUACACAUUCUUAUAGUGAUUCUCCUUAUUGGUAUUACAGAUGGAUCUAAGGCCUGUAAAGGUGAUUGGCAACUUGUGUUCCAUGCUGUGAGUGGAAAUGGAGAAAGCGUUUUGGAUACAUGGAAGACUAAAAAUACAAAAUGCGAUAUGUUCAGUAAAAACUGUCCUUGUUCAACUACGAAUGGAUGCCUUCCCCAAAAUCUACGACUCGAAACUCUUGGCGUUGUUCCAAGAAAAAUCUUACGAAGUCCUUUAAUAGAUUACUGGGACUGUCUCGAUGUCCAUCAGGUCAAAUUGGAGUUGAGCACUCGGGGUAAAACUGUAGCAUAUAUUGAGUUCAAUGGACGUGGCUCCAACUACAUGAAUUGGUUUCAUAACAGCCGAAUAUUAAAGACUAGCUGGACGGACAUGAAGAAAAGUGGGACUUACAACUUUUUUUCAAUUGACAAAGAAACACGAUAUAGUCGAAAAUUUUUCAUCAAUCAAAAGUACGGCGGAUGCCAUGUUGAUAGCGGCUGGUUUGUUGUUUCGGAUGUGAAAGGUAGAAAACCUUGUGAAUGGGAGAAACAAAAGCCGUAUCCCCAGUUUCUAUAUAGCAGAUAUCGAAAAAUUACGAAAUGGGGUGAUAAAAAAUAUGGAAAAGCAGAUGUUCUUAAUAUUUACAUUCGGAGAGGAUGAAAAUUAAUUAGCAGUCACAUAAACCUGU